AUGCUGGUUCCAAGGCUGAUGGGGACGGCGGGUGCGCUGACCCGUCUUCUUCCCAACACCGGUGGAUGCAGCGCCGGUAUCCGGCGACUGUACCUGGGGGUGGUGCGCAGUAUGGCCCUGUACGGUGCUCCCGUGUGGUCGCCCGCACUUACCGCACGAAAGGCGGCUCUGCUGCUCAGAGCUCAGCGGACGCUCGCGGUGAGGGUCAUCAGGGGGUACCGCACCAUCUCUCAGGAUGUGGCCUGUGCCCUCGCCGGAUCCUUACCGUGGGACUUCGAGGCCGAAAUCUUGGCCACGACAUACCGACGGAGAACACAGUCCUCGACUCGGGAACAGACACCCGGCCCGUCGGUUGUCGAUCGAUGGAGGCGUGCUGCGCGUGGUCUGGCGUAUGCCAAAUGGAGAGAGCGCUUGCUGGAGGAGCUCGGCCGAAUUUCGGCCACUCGUCAGCGCACGCUCGAGGCACUGGUGCCUGUGCUGGAGGCAUGGUCGGACCGGCGACACGUUCAUUUCAUCAACUUCUUCUUUGUCUCCACCUAUGUUAAUUUGAACAAGACAAAAAAUAAAGCUGACCAUAUUUUAUGCCUCUGUAGAGGGUCUUUAGGUUUCACAAAUGAGGCGUCCAAGUAG